CUCUAGGAGGCCUGCGAACGCGAUCGGUCGCCCGGGUAACCGGCAGCACUAAAUCCUACUGGGGUGGUGGUGGCAUUAGCAGCUGCGAUGGUGUCCAACCCCGUGCAUGGCCUGCCCUUUCUCCCAGGCACGUCCUUUACGGACUCCACGAAAACAGCCUUUCAUAGAAGCCAGACACUGGGCUACAGAAAUGGCUAUGCGAUUGCUCGACGUCCAACUGUUGGGAUAGGCGGGGAGCGUCUCCCUGUCAACCAGCUGUCCCAGGCUCAGCUGGAUGAGUUGGCCAGUAAAGCUCCAAUUCUAACGUAUGGUGAACCUAAGCAGGCCCCACCUGCACAAUUUAUUCCUGCACAUGUGGCUUUUGACAAAAAGGUGCUGAAAUUUGAUGCCUAUUUCCAGGAAGAUGUUCCUGUGUCAACUGAGGAGCACUAUAGGAUCCGUCAGGUGGUUAUCUACUACUACCUAGAAGAUGAUAGCAUGUCUGUCAUAGAGCCCAUUGUGGAAAACUCUGGGAUGCCUCAAGGCAAAUUAAUUAAACGUCAGCGACUUGCGAAGAAUGACCGUGGAGACCAUUACCAUUGGAAAGACCUAAAUCGAGGGAUAAACAUUACAAUAUAUGGCAAAACUUUCCACAUUGUUGAUUGUGACCGAUUCACACAGGUAUUUUUGGAAAGUCAAGGAAUAGAGUUAAACCCACCAGAGAAGAUGGCUCUUGAUCCUUACACUGAACUCCGGAAGCAGCCUCUUCGCAAGUAUGUCACCCCUUCAGACUUUGAUCAACUCAAACAGUUUCUCACCUUUGAUAAACAAGUUCUUCGAUUCUAUGCAAUCUGGGAUGAUACAGACAGUAUGUUUGGUGAAUGUCGGACCUACAUCAUUCAUUACUAUCUCAUGGAUAAUACUGUGGAAAUUAGAGAGGUCCAUGAACGGAAUGAUGGGCGAGAUCCCUUUCCGCUCCUGGUGAACCGCCAGCGUAUGCCUAAGGUUUUAGUGGAGAAUGCAAAGAACUUUCCUCAAUGUGUGCUGGAAAUAUCUGAUCAAGAAGUGUUGGAAUGGUAUACUGCCAAAGACUUCAUUGUUGGGAAACCACUCACCAUCCUUGGGAGAACGUUCUUCAUUUAUGACUGUGACCCAUUCACACGACAAUAUUACAAAGAAAAAUUUGGUAUCUCUGAUUUACCUUGUAUUGAUGUUAGCAAGAAGGAACCACCUCCUGUAAAGCAGGAAUUACCUCCCUAUAAUGGUUAUGGAUUAGUUGAAGACUCUGCUCAGAAUUGCUUUGUUCUUAUUCCAAAAGCUCCAAAAAAAGAUGUUAUUAAAAUGCUGGUGAAUGAUAACAAGGUUCUUCGUUAUUUGGCUGCACUGGAAUCCCCCAUCCCAGAAGACAAAGACCGCCGAUUUGUCUUAUCUUAUUUUCUAGCCACUGACAUGAUCAGUAUUUUUGAGCCUCCUGUUCGCAAUUCUGGUAUCAUUGGCGGCAAAUACCUUGGCAGAACAAAAGUUGUUAAGCCAUUCUCUUCCGUGGACUACCCUGACUACUAUGGCCCUAGUGACUUCUUCAUUGGUGCUGUGAUUGAGGUAUUUGGCCACAGGUUCAUCAUCCUUGAUACAGACGAGUAUGUUUUGAAGUACAUGGAGAGCAACGCUGCCCAGUAUUCGCCAGAAGCACUCUCGUCAGUUCAGAACCACUUUCGAAAACAGCAGGCUCCUACAACAGAAUUGGAAACCAAGAAAACUGAAGAGGAUCCAGGAAUGCAAGAACUAGAAGCACUGAUAGACACAAUCCACCAGCAGCUGAAAGAUCACCCAUGCAAAGAAAACAUCAGUGAAACGUUUCAAGAGUAUGACAAGGAAGCUUCAGGAUUUGUGGACAAAGAGAUGUUCUUUAAAAUCUGUGACUCUCUUAACAUCCCAGUUGAUGACUCCUUGAUUAAAGAGUUAAUCAGAAUGUGCUCCCAUGGAGAUGACAAGAUUGCCUACUACAACUUUGUUCGUGCUUUCUCAAACUGACCUGGCUGAAUAAUACAGUUUUUUGAGGUUGGACCUAUACUUUGAAAUGUACCUUGUACUCUUUGUAGAGGCAUUUGCAGAGCUCAUGAA